AUGGAUGACGAGAUGAUGAAAAUCAUUGAAACAACAGUGCCAUUCGCAGUACCUGCUACCAUUAUGCUCAUGCUCUACGUGGUGUUCUCGAAUUGGAGUACUAAAAAACAUAUGUCGAAACCACUUGAAAUGUACCUGGGCGUAUGGUCAGUAAUUCUGGCUCUUAUAUGCACAUUUGGCAUUUUCUUCUUCUUGGGGAUUGCAUUCAAUCCUGUAACGUCUACUAUGCCUUUCCUGGUCUUGGCCGUUGGUAAGUACUUUACUGUAGACGACUUCGUUUUUCCUGGGGGGGGGGGAGGAUGG